AUGGCAGCGCCGAAGCGUCUCCACAACGGGUAUGAGCAGGACGGGGACCAGCCCGACGACAAGCGCAUGCGCCGCCUGCCGUCCUUCUCGACGGUGAUCCGGGAGGCCAUGAUGCAGAAGCACAUGCACAGCCUGUUCAUGUGUCUGGAGCCUCUCCUCCGCCGAGUGGUGCAGGAGGAGCUCCAGGCAGGGCUGAUGCAGAGCCCGCGCUACAUCGAGAGGCUGCCGGAGACGCCGCCGGCGGAGCGGGCGGCGUGGAAGCUGGCUUUCCGGACCCCGCCGCAGCUGCCGAUCUUCACGGGCAGCAAGGUCGAGGACGAGGCCGGGAACCCGCUGGAGGUGAUCCUCGUGGACGCGGACACCGGCUCGCCGGCCACGCUACCGCAGGCGGCGCUGCGCGUCGAGGUGGUCCCGGUGUUCGGCGACUUCCCGCCGGACGGCCGCGAGGACUGGUCCGCCGACGAGUUCCAGCGGAACGUCGUCAAGGAGCGCGAGGGCAAGCGCCCGCUCCUGACGGGCGACGUGAGCCUCACCAUGCGCGACGGGCGCGCCACGGUGGGCGAGCUCCAGUUCACGGACAACUCGUCCUGGGUCCGCUGCCGCAAGUUCCGCAUCGCCGUCCGCGCGGUCCCGGGCACCGUCUGCGACGGCGCCCGGAUCCAGGAGGCCAUGACGGAGGCAUUCAUGGUCAGGGACCACCGGGGCGAGCUGUACCGCAAGCACUACCCGCCCGUCCUCGCCGACGACGUCUGGAGGCUGGAGAAGAUCGGCAAGGAAGGCGCGUUCCACAGGAAGCUCAGGCGCAACAACGUCGGCACCGUGCAGGAGUUCGUCCGGAUGCUCAUGGUGAAGCCCGAGGAGCUGCGCGCGAUUCUGGGCGACGGCAUGACCGACCGCAUGUGGGAGGCGACGACCAACCACGCCAAGACCUGCGGCCCCGACGACAAGGUGUACAUGCACGCCACACCGCACGGCACCAUCUACGUGGACUCCAUCUUCAACAUCGUGAGGGUCGACGUCGGCGGCGUCCAGUGGCCGCUGCAGGUGCAGCAGAUGAACAGGGGCCAGACGAUGAUGGUGCAGCAGAUGCUGCUGGACGCGUACGAGCACCGCCACAGCCUGCAGGAGGCCGAAGCCUUCAUGCUCCAUGGCCAUGGCCACGCCGCCAACAACGUUCCACUGCUGCAGAAUGCAGCAGCACAUGUCGCGCUGCCGGCGCCGGCGGACACACCGCUCUGGUUCCCGAACGCCGCGGAGAUGGACUUCCCCGUCGACGACGUGGUUGUCCCCAUUCCCCAAGCCAACAACAGCUUCGCCUACCAGUGGCCUGGCCAAGCGUUCCACAUGCCAGGUUAA